ACCUGUGUGAAUUUAGGGUUUUGAUUUGGUCGUUGGGGGUUCUGAUGCAAUUUCAAAUUUAAGGUGUUCGCUGUGAUGAUUCCCCACCCCUGUGGAUGGCGGCCGCUUCUUUAUUUUGGCUUCUUCAUUUGUUCGUUUUCCAUGGAUUCUUCUUCUUCAUCAACCCUUGCUUUUUCUCCCAAUUUCGCUUUAUUUCUGCUUCGAAGGAGGAUUUCUCAAUUGUUCGUUUCGACUUUGAUUUGUUUGGUAAUGAUUAUUCGCCUCCUUCACCGCCACCUCCACCUCCAAAUCCUCCGUCCGUUUCUUGUGAAGAGGAUCUCAAGGGAAUUGGUUCGCUGAAUACUUCUUGUAAGCUUUAUACCAGUUUGAAGCUCGAGGAUGAUGUAUACGUAGAGGGGAUAGGCAGUUUAGAUAUCCUUCCAGGCGUGUCCGUGAGUUGUCCUGUUGCUGGGUGUUCAAUAACUGUCAACAUUUCUGGAGAUUUUAGUUUAGGCCAGAAUGCGUCGAUUGUGGCUGGGACAUUUCAUUUGCAAGCGCAGAACGUGAGUUUGCUUGACGGUUCCAUUAUCAAUACUACAGCUUUGGCUGGCUCUCCUCCGUCUCAGACUAGUGGCACUCCGCAAGGCGUUGCGGGUGCAGGCGGGGGCCAUGGGGGCAGAGGUGCUUCCUGUUUGACUGAUGAGACCAAGCUUCCGGAUGAUGAAUGGGGUGGUGAUGCCUACUCUUGGUCAUCUCUGUCGAAGCCUUGGAGUUAUGGCAGCAAGGGUGGCACAACUAGCAAAGAAGAGGACUACGGUGGUGAUGGUGGUGGACGGGUUAAGUUUGAAAUUGGGAACUUUCUUGAGGUUAAUGGGACUGUUGUGGCCGAUGGAGGUAAUGGUGGUCUCACGGGUGGAGGAGGAUCUGGCGGGAGCAUCCACAUCAAGUCUCCUAAAAUGAUUGGAUAUGGGUGGAUAAGUGCCUCAGGAGGUGAUGGUUGGGCAGGAGGUGGCGGCGGUAGAAUUUCUAUUGAUGUCUAUAGCAGGCAUGAUGACCAAACAAUUUUAGCUCAUGGAGGAAGAAGCUUUGGCUGUCCACAGAAUUCUGGUGCUGCUGGGACUCUUUUUGAUUCCGUUCCCCGAAGCCUCACGGUCAGUAAUCACAACAUGUCAACAGAUACAGAUACAAUUCUUCUAGAGUUUCCGAACAAUCCACUUUGGACAAACGUUUUUGUUCGAAAUCAUGCAAAGGCUGCUGUUCCUUUGCUCUGGAGUCGUGUCCAGGUUCAAGGACAACUUAGUCUAUUGUGUGGUGGGGUUUUGACCUUUGGACUUGUACAUUACCCAUCAUCGGAGUUUGAACUGAUGGCAGAAGAGCUCCUGAUGAGUGACUCAACACUUAGGGUGUAUGGGGCACUUCGUAUGACUGUAAAAAUGCUCCUGAUGUGGAAAUCCAAUAUGCUCAUAGAUGGUGGUAGGGAUGCAAUGGUUGCAACGUCCAUGCUUGAGGCUAGCAAUUUAGUUGUUCUCAAGGAAUCAUCUGUCAUACAUUCUAAUGCAAAUCUGGGAGUUCAUGGGCAAGGCUUGCUGAAUUUAUCUGGACCAGGAGAUCAGAUUGAAGCUCAACGUCUCAUUCUAUCACUAUUUUAUAAGAUUCAUGUUGGGCAUGGAUCUGUUUUGCAGGGUCCUUUAAAAAAUGCAACUACGAAUGAAGUGACACCGAGGCUUUACUGUGAAUCACAAGAUUGCCCUAUGGAACUUCUUCAUCCUCCUGAGGAUUGCAACGUGAAUUCUUCUCUAGUCUUCACUCUCCAGAUCUGCCGAGUGGAAGACAUUACUAUUGGAGGCAUCAUAAAAGGAUCUGUUGUUCAUUUCCAUUUGGCAAGAACUGUGGUUGUUCAGUCUUCUGGAAUUAUAAGUGCAUCUGGGAGGGGCUGCUCAGGUGGCAUUGGUAGAGGUAAAGUUGUAAGCAAUGGUAUUGCUAGUGGUGGUGGCCAUGGUGGUAAAGGUGGCAGUGGAUAUUAUGAAGGUAGUUUUAUUGACGGUGGUGUUGCAUAUGGAGAUGCUGAUUUGCCUUGUGAACUGGGUAGUGGAAGUGGAAAUGAUAGCUUAGAUGGUUCAACGACCGGUGGUGGUAUCAUAGUGAUGGGUUCGAUGGAGCAUUCAUUGUCAAGUUUGACUGUUUAUGGUUCGCUUAAAGCAGAUGGAAAAAGUUUUGGAGAAAAUAUCAGAAUGCAAUAUGAUGGGGUCGUAGAUAGUUCAAAUGGAGUCCCUGGGGGUGGUUCUGGCGGAACUAUUCUUUUGUUUUUGCGUUCAUUGACCCUUGGUGAUACUGCUGUUCUUUCAAGUGCCGGAGGACAUAGUACUUACAAUGACAGUGGUGGUGGUGGUGGUGGAAGGAUUCAUUUCCAUUGGUCUGAUAUUCCCACAGGUGAUGAGUAUCAGCCCCUAGCAAGUGUGGAAGGCAGCAUUCAUACAGGGGGAGGAUUAGGGAGGCAUCGAGGCCAAUCUGGAGAAAAUGGAACCGUAACUGGAAAAGCUUGCCCAAAGGGCCUUCAUGGUGUGUUUUGCAAGGAAUGCCCAGCUGGCACUUUUAAGAAUGCAAGUGGAUCUGAUAGAGCCCUUUGUCGUCAAUGCCCACCUUAUGAGCUUCCACAUCGUGCUGUCUACAUAAAUGUUCGAGGUGGCGUUGCUGAAACUCCUUGUCCUUACAAAUGCAUUUCUGACAGAUAUCACAUGCCACACUGUUACACGGCUCUUGAAGAGUUGAUUUAUACUUUUGGUGGGCCCUGGUUGUUUGGUCUUCUUCUCGUGGGUCUCCUCAUCCUGUUAGCUCUAGUGCUUAGUGUUGCUCGGAUGAAAUUUGUUGGCACUGAUGAAUUACCAGGUCCUGCUCCAACUCAGCAGGGUUCUCAAAUAGAUCACUCCUUCCCUUUCCUGGAGUCAUUGAAUGAGGUUCUGGAAACUAAUAGAGCUGAGGAAUCCCAGAGUCAUGUUCACAGAUUGUACUUUAUGGGGCCUAAUACUUUCAGUGAACCUUGGCAUCUUCCUCACACUCCUCCAGAACAAGUGACGGAGAUUGUAUAUGAAGAUGCAUUCAACAGAUUUGUUGAUGAUAUCAAUGCUUUGGCUACUUAUCAAUGGUGGGAGGGAUCUGUGUACAGCAUUCUCUCUCUUCUUGCGUAUCCCCUUGCAUGGUCAUGGCAGCAAUGGCGCCAGAGGAAGAAAUUACAACUAUUACGUGAAUUUGUUCGAUCAGAAUAUGAUCAUGCCUGUUUACGAUCAUGCCGCUCACGUGCCCUAUAUGAAGGGUUAAAGGUGGCCGCAACUUCUGAUUUAAUGCUAGCUUAUGUAGACUUUUUUCUUGGCGGAGAUGAAAAGAGAACUGAUCUUCCUCCUCGUCUGCGUCAAAGAUUUCCCAUGGCUUUGCUGUUUGGGGGUGAUGGAAGUUACAUGGCUCCUUUCUCUCUUCACAGUGAUAAUGUUCUCACUAGCCUUAUGAGUCAGUCUGUUCCACCUACUAUCUGGUAUCGACUCGUGGCUGGUCUCAAUGCACAAUUGCGUUUAGUUCGUCGCCGACACCUGAAAGUAAAAUUUCAACCUGUCAUCAGCUGGCUUGAAACACAUGCAAAUCCUGCUUUGAGAAUUCAUGGGGUGCGUGUUGAUCUAGCCUGGUUUCAGGCUACAUCUUGUGGUUAUUGCCAAUUCGGGCUCAUAGUAUAUUCUGUUGAAGAAGAACGUGAGCAUGCAUCUAUUGAAGGUGUAGAUGGAAUGAGAACUGAGCAACAAUCACGUGUGCAUGGCAUUCAUAGAGACAUUGGGCCUGGCCAUAUGAGAAGCACUGAGAAUAUUAUGAUUAAAAGAAAGAUAUGCGGUGGAAUUUUGGAUACGCAUAGUCUGCGAAUGUUUGAAGAGAAGAAAGAUUUAUUUUAUCCCUUCUCAUUUAUAGUGCAUAAUACUAAGCCUUUUGGCCAUCAGGAUCUUGUUGGUUUGGUUAUUUCAAUUCUACUUUUGGGAGACAUUAGCUUAGUGUUGCUUAUGCUGCUCCAGUUGUAUUCUAUUUCAUUGUCGGAUUUGUUUCUGGUUUUGUUUGUUCUCCCUCUUGGGAUACUAUGCCCAUUCCCUGCUGGAAUCAAUGCUCUGUUUAGCCAUGGGCUUAGGCGGUCAGCAGGUCUUUCGCGUGCAUAUGCUUUGUGGAACAUAACUUCCUUGAUUAAUGUUGUGGUUGCCUUCAUUUGUGGAUUUAUUCAUUACAAAACCCAAUCGACGUCGAGUAGAAGACAUCCAAACUUUCAACCCUGGAAUUUUAGCAUGGAUGAAAGUGGAUGGUGGAUGUUUCCUACUGUACUGGUGCUUUGUAAAUGUGUCCAGGCAUGGCUCAUCGAUUGGCAUAUCUCUAAUUUAGAGAUUCAGGACCGCUCACUCUAUAGUAAUGACCCAAAUAUUUUCUGGCAGGCAUGAUCAUUAUACUCGUUAACCAGGUAUCACUUGGAUUAAAUCCAUUUUUUUGGCCUUUUUUUAACGUGCCUUUUUCUAUAUAUUGUCAGAGAUUAGGUGAGUGAUUUAUACAGAGAGAGAGAGAGAGAGAGAGAGAGAGAGAGAGAGAGAGAGAUUGAUUAAUUGAUUGAUUCCUGUAUAACCCUUGUGAAUCAUGUGCAAUCAACAAUUUUUAAUGUAAAUGUAAAGUGCGUCUGCUCCA